AUGGAGAAGUCGCAAAGCAAACCCAGGUUAUUCUUGCUUCUAGUUAUUCUAGGCGUUUCUUUGGGAGAUUCCAUGCCCCUGGAGGAUAUGGACUCUCAGGAAAUGAUUGACUUGACGGAUCUGGGCGAAACUGUUUUCGGAAAUCCGGAUGUGGAAACCACAGGAGCUUUGGUCGAGGCUCACAAUGAGGAUUCCGCGCAGAACCCCGAGGAGCUGGGCACCUACUACGAAGGAGACAUUUUGAUCCCGUUGAGCUACAGAAAUGCCCGAUCCAACGGCACCCGUAAUGGCAUUUUGGCGCUGAGUUCCCGCUGGCCGGACGGCGUAGUGCCAUACGAGAUAAAAGGUCCCUUUACAAGCCAGGAAUUGGGAAACAUCAAUCAUGCCUUUAAGGAGUACCACACCAAGACCUGUGUGCGUUUUAAGCCCAGGACCACUGAAAAGGAUUACAUCUCGAUAGGCAGUGGCAAGUCCGGCUGCUGGAGCAGCAUCGGACGCUUGGGUGGCCGCCAGGAGGUGAACCUGCAGUCGCCUAACUGCCUGCGAACCUACGGCACUCCCAUCCACGAGCUGAUGCACGCCCUGGGCUUUUUCCACGAGCAGAAUCGCCACGAGCGCGACUCCUAUGUCCGGGUGAUGAGUGCCAACAUCAAGCCCGAGAUGAUGGCCAACUUCGAGAAGUCCAGCUCCAAAACGCAGUCCGGCUUUGGCGUGGAGUACGACUACGGCAGUGUGAUGCACUACUCGGCCACCAGCUUCACCCGGAAUGGACAGCCCACACUGAAGGCGCUGCGAUCCUCCUCCGACGCCAGCCAGAUGGGUCAGCGACGAGGAUUCUCCGCCGGAGAUGUGCGCAAGAUCAACGCCAUGUACAAGUGCAAGGUUUAGACAAAAAGGGACCACCUCUCGACAUGCUUCACAAACAUAUCUAUCUAUUUAUCCGCCGCAGAUGUGCGCAAGAUCAACGAUGUGUACAACUGCAAAAACCAAAAUCGUUGAUUCAUGAAUAUCUCCAUAGGCCGUUAAACGAUAUAUGAAUAAAUAUCAAUUCAAAACAAAUAUCUGUAUUAUAUUAUUAUUUUUACAGUUCAUUUUAAUAUAUAAAAGUAAUUUAAUUCGCGGGCCACACUAAUCCCUGGGAUUUUAAAAUAACUUUUUAGGUUUCUAAAAGUAUGCAGUAUAGUACUCGUAUAUAGGAUAGUAGAAUUUCUGUAUGAAGUAAUGGCCUUCCCGAGUUUAAAGU